GGACUCAAACCUGUUGGUUAAAUCGGAGAAAAUCCGUCGAUCGUUUGGUUUUUUUGUACAGAUCUGAGAUGGACCGACACCGGAGGCUGCUGGACGUGGACUUCAAGGCUGAAGCGAAGCUGCGAGGAGAAGCUUUACCUUCAGAUGUCCGAAAAGUGAUUGUUGGUGAAGAAGAGCAGCAGGAGUGGAGUCCCAGUCUGGACCAGGAGGACCCAGCAGAGCCGCCACACAUUAAAGAGGAACAGGAGGAGCUGUGGACCAGUCAGGAGGAAGAACAGCUUCGAGGGCUGGAGGAGGCAGAUAUCACCAAGUUUGCAUUCACUCCUGUUCCUGUGAAGAGUGAAGAAGAGGAUGAAGAGAAACCUCAGUCCUCACUGCUUCUUCAGAUGAAAACAGAAGCUGGUGAAGAGUACUGUGGAGGACCAGGACUAGCCAGCAACUCUGAUCCAGAUAGACAUUUGCAAACAGAUACUGAUGACUCGUCUGAGACUGAAGUCAGUGAUGGUGAGUGGGAGGAAAACAGUGAACCUCAGUCACGUUUAAACUCUCAGAAAACAAAUGAAGUCACUGCUGGUGAUGUUAACUGUAAUACUAUUGAGAGGUCAUUCAGCUGCUCUGAAUGUGGUCAAAGAUUUGGUCGCAAGCCACAUCUGAAUGCACACAUGAGAAUUCACACGGGAGAGAAACCGUUUAGUUGCUCUUUUUGUGGUAAAAGAUUUUCUCAGAAGGGAAACUCAAUCAGUCACAUGAGACUUCAUACAGGAGAAAAACCUUUCAGCUGCUCCAUCUGCAAAAAACAUUUCAGAUACAGCGGAGAUGUUAGCAGACACAUGAAAAUACACACAGGAAAGAAAUCAUUCCACAUUCGUAACACGAGCAGCAGUAACACUCACACAGGACCAGAGCCAGCCAGGAGCUCAAAACCAGAUAGACAUUUACAACGAGUUACUCAUGAUGAACCUUCAGAAACUGAGGCUGAGGUCAGUGAUGGUGGGUGGAAGCAGAGCGGGGAACUAGAGUCCGGUUUAAACUCUCUGAAAAAUGAAGUCUCUGUUGGAGACGUGAGAUGUAAUACUGACAAAGAGUCAUUUAGCUGCUCUGAAUGUGGGAGAACAUUUUGCCGCAGGGAUCAUCUGAUGAGCCACAUGAGAACUCACACGGGAGAGAAACCAUUCAGUUGCUCGGUUUGUCAGAAACGUUUCAGCUGCAGUGGAAACAUUUUGGCUCACAUGAGAAUUCACACCGGAGAGAAACCGUUCGAAUGCUCAUUUUGUGGCAAAAGCUUCAGCCAGAAAGGAACUUUGCAGCUACACAUGAGAAUUCACACAGGAGAGAAACCAUUCAGUUGCCCCUUUUGUGAUAAACGAUUUGCACAUAAAAGACGUAUGACGCUGCACAUGUCAGUCCACACAGAGGAGAAACGCUUCAGCUGCAGUGCAUGUAACAAAAGAUUCACUUGGUACACGCAGCUCAGAACCCACAAGUGUGUUGGUGACUCCUCACAGCUUCGUCAAAGCCAAACUGAGAAAAAGGCUCCUGCCAAGGAGUCUUUUAGCUGCACACAGUGUGGCAAAAAGUUUAGCCUGAAGGGCAAUCUGAAGACACACAUGAGGAUUCACACGGGAGAGAAACCAUUUAGUUGCUCAGUUUGUGGAAAAAGUUUUAAACAAAAUAUUCAUCUUACAGAGCACAUGACGAUUCACACGGGUGAAAAACUGUACAAAUGCAGUGUUUGUGGUAAAGGAUUCAAUAAGAAAUUACUUGUCAAAAACCACACAUGCAUUUAAUCCUGAGACACUUUUGUCAGAUCUCGCUCACAUCCUGAAUCCAUGGAUUUGCAUUAACAGAGAAUAAGUGAACAAUUUGUGUGAUGGCUGUUGCAGAAUUUUCCUGUAUAGAGGCGAAUAAUGUCCAGACAGAUGUGAACCGUAGCAGCAGCUGAAUAACUCAUUGGGGAAUUUAACCACGACUGAAUCUUUAAUGCUGAAAUGAUUUGUCUGUUGAAGAUACAAUCUGAUUCCAUCAAAGUUGUGACUCUGUGUGACACGUUAAUAAAAUAAAAUGUGAUCAUUUGCGCAUCCUUGUUGACAUCUACUCAACUGAAGACAGCACAAAGACAAAAGAUUUAAUGUUUGACUUCAUCAGCUGUAAAUAUCUGCUGAUUCUGAAUCUGAUGCAGCAACACAUUUUAAACACGUUGGGACAGGAGCAACUAAAGA